UGUUGAGGCUUAAAGACACAGCUCCACGGAUUUGUACGGCCUACCUAUCUGUCAUACAUUACAGAGGAAAACGUAAGAGAGGAGGAGCACCCACCAUAUGUUUGUUUUUUAGCUCUAAGAGAUGUUGCGAGUCGUGCUCAAAAUUUCUUAAAACGGGAUACGGACGGGCAAAAACGGGAAAGCGGAGCGGACUUUACAAUCGGCGAAUGGUUUGGCACCACUGUGUGAAGACUGCAAUAGUAAAUACAGCCAGCUAUAGCCUAGUAUAGUAUAGCAUGUGCGCAACACACGAAAAUAGCCUACACUGAGUAUGUAGGGCAGGUAAACCGCAGCGCUCUGGUAAGGAAUAAGAACAUGCAGUGAAGUUGUUGCUCGUUUCCUGCGGCUUAUAGGAGGCUUGUAUUGUACAUUAUCACUUGUACAAAUCUCUGUGCGUAUGCCAGUGACCUAUAUCCCAUGCAUGAUCGCCAAGAGCACACAUUAACCUCAACAGUGGACCAGACAACAUGGGGAUCAACGGGCUAGACAAUCAAGGCCAACCGGCUCCGGUUCUUCAGGUGGGAGACAAAGAUGCUGCCCGGGAUUCUGACAAGACCGAGCAAGUAGCGGGUGGUGAGGGAAAAGUCGCCCACGAGGAUAGCUCCGUGCAGCUCAUAGAGGCCAGCUGCAAACCUCCCAUCUCCUCGGAGUCCGGACUCCAGGUGGAGAGCCACGGACCCGGAACAGGCUUUGUCCCGCCUGAAGGAGGUUACGGCUGGCUGGUAGUCUUUGCAGCAACGUGGUGCAAUGGAUCAAUUUUUGGGAUUCAAAAUUCUUUCGGCAUCCUUCACUUGAUGUUGGUAAAGGAACACGCAGAUCCAGAGGACAAGACGUCCCAGUUCAAAGUGGCUUGGGUUGGCGCCUUGGCCAUGGGAAUGAUCUUCCUGUGUUCACCAGUGGUCAGCAUGUUCACAGACUCAUUUGGCUGCAGGAAGACAGCUGUCAGUGGUGCAUUACUGGCUUUUAUAGGACUGCUAAGUACAUCAUUUGCAAACUCACUGAUUCUUCGCUUUACCUAUGGUAUACUAUUUGGAUGUGGUUCCUCCUUUGCUUUCCAGCCAUCCCUAGUCAUCCUGGGUCACUACUUCCGCCAGAGAUUAGGGCUGGUCAAUGGAGUGGUAACUGCUGGUGCCAGUCUCUUCUCAAUGGGUCUCCCAGUUUUAAUAGACAAGGUGGUUGGAUCUCUGGGACUAGACAAGACAUUUCAGAUACUAAGCAUUUUUAUGCUUGUGCAAGCUUUUCUUGCAUUGACCUUCAAACCUUUGCUGCCUGCUGGUGAGAGCAUGGGCCCCCCUGGUAUGUGUCCAGAACAGACACAGCCAGGGACCAAUGCCCAAGAUGUGAGUAGGUGGAGCAAAACUCUUAAUCGAAUCAGAAAGUACUUUAACCUGCGGGUAUUUCACAUCAUCACUUACAGAGUGUGGGCAUUUGGCGUGGCCACUGCUGUCUUGGGCUACUUUGUACCAUAUAUCCAUCUGAUGAACUUUGUAAAAGAGAGGUUUAAAGACACUAAUAAGGAAUGGGUUCUUCUGGUUUGCAUCGGUGCUUCGUCAGGAGUGGGUCGUCUGCUGUUUGGAAAGAUUGGAGACCUUAUUUCUGGUCUAAAGAAAAUAUACAUGCAGGUGGUGUCCUUUAUAGUCCUGGGCCUGAUGUCCAUGCUGAUUCCUCAGUGCUUCGCAUUUGAAGCACUCAUUGUGGUGUGUGUGUUCUUGGGACUGUGCGAUGGAUGUUUUCUCACUAUGAUGGCUCCUAUUGCCUUUGAGUUGGUUGGGCCCAUGCAGGCUUCACAGGCAAUAGGCUACAUUCUCGGACUUAUGGCUCUUCCCAUGACUGCAGGCCCACCUAUAGCUGGCCUGUUACGAGAUUAUUUUGGAAACUACACGGUGGCCUUCUCUUUGGCUGGGGUCCCUCCUAUGGUGGGUGGUGUGGUGCUCUUCUUUGUGCCCUUGGUCCAGAGCAGACUCCAGAGAAACCAGUCGACUGCAUGUCCCGAGGAGGCGUCCACUACUGCUCACAUGCUACCCUCUGCUCCUUCAGCUGAGGCCAAGAGCUGCUCCAACGGAGACAUGCUGCCUGGAUACACGGAUGUAGAGACGCAUAUCUGAAUGACACCACACUAAGGUCACACAUAAUGCCUAUUUUAUGGAACAUACCUGUUGUAACUCUAGACUAAAGCUAGAGUGCUUUUCAGUGCUUUUCGUAUUUACAGGGAUUCAGUCACCAGCAUUUUCCAUCCUCUGUACCAGAGACAUAUAUACUACUAUACACUGACCAAUAACAUCUCACCCUAAUAUAUUUUCAUUUGGUUGUUUGAUCUCUUCGCCUUCAGAAAAGUACAGAAAGUGUGCUGUGGAAUCAAAAGAGGAAGGGAUGACACAUCAGUAAUGAUAUGGAAAUUUUAGAAUGAGAUAAGCACAAGAGUGAAAUGUAACAAUGUGUUUUCAGUGGGAACUUUAGUAACUAAUACCUCAAAGAGGAUUUAAAUGAAGAGAUUUUAUCUAAUUGUAAUCACCUUGAAUUUCUUUUUAGCUUUUUCAAACAUUUAAAGUUAUGAUUUUAUAUACUCAUUUUGAAGCAUUUAAACUAUGUACUAGUGAGCGGAUGCAUUUUUAUUUUUUAUACAGUACCACCUCAUCCAUUUACUACAGAAGGUGUACAUCUGACAUGUAUGAAUUACAGCUCCAGCCAUAUUUUUUAUUAACCUCACAUGGACAAUCUUUUGAAAUCUCAUAAGCAGUCAUUUUGAUCAUGGUAAUAGUUACUUUUUAGACUUUUUAGACAGUGUGAACAUGUUAACAGCAUCCUUUUAAACCAUUUUUAACCAUUCCAUUUUUCUUAACUCUGCCAGAGAAACCCACAUACAGCCUACACUUGUAGCUUUUCAAAAUGUAUUAAAUACAAAUAUUUUGUGAACACUAUGUUAAGAAUUUUAAUAUUUUAGCAGUACAAUUACAGCUACUGCAUAUAUUUUUGAAUAAAUACACUAGCGCCUUUGUUCUAGAUGGCAAUUUCAAAUAACAAUGCAUCAGGAUAUAAUUAAAAGAAGCCUUCUGAAAUGUUUUUUGCUCAGGCCUGUCACCAAUCUUUCAGGCGGUUGAUUUGCUGCUUUAGUGGAAGGUUCUCACUCACUGUGACACAUCCUUACCUCCCCUCAGAGGGCUGUUGGCAGUUAUGUGAAACCAUAAUCAUAAACACUUACCUCUGCUUUAAGGUGCAUCCUUGAAACAUUGGACUGGUGCAAAAGAGAACUACAAUAGGUCAAACAAAACAGGUCAAAACAGGGGUAAAAAGAAGUCAUUUUGUGUGCAGUAUAUGUUGAAGACAUUUACAUCUGAGAUGCAGUCAUGAUGAUAAUGUAGGAUCUUAAAGGUGCAGGUUGGGACAGAGCAUGAAGAAUGAGUCAUAUUAGUCACCCACUAUUCAGGUGCUACUGCAUUCUGGUAAUUGUCCUCUUGGCAUUCUGUGCCAUCUGUGACAAUAGACGAAGCUACACAAAGCUCACUACUGAGUAGUUUGUUCGGAGACUGACACUAAACAGGGCAAUGACAAACAAUCAUACCUCAAUAAUCAAAUGGUCCUCAGCAAACCAGUUGAACUCAACCUCAUGCUCUCCACACUUUUCGGUGGGGUGUUUUUACAGUGUGUAUCAGGUCUUAGUUGUAUUUUAAAUACAAAUAUAACUAUAUUAAUAAUUCAAAAACAUGUUCCCCAAAUCUAGAGUACCUAAAACUGUGAAAAUUACAUAAUGUUACCAUCCCUGCGUUUUUAUUAUGUUUUUGAUGUUGGUAUUAACUCUUUCCCCCAUGAAGACGACAUUUGACGAACCCCCUGUACCCUUAUGACGACUUUUGACACCUCCGCUGUAUCACUAAAGACGUGAUUUGACGACCUUUAGAAAUUGCUCGGUUUUUCACAUUUAAACAGAGACUGUGAUAGGUGGGGGCCACUACAACCCACACUAGACUGACCAAUAGGAUUCAAGGAUAUGUUUUCGCCGAUUUUUUUUUCCAAAGUUAAUCGAAGUAGUGACGAUGGUAGCUUCCGGUAACACAACACGAAACACGUGCAAUGGAAAGAUCGCGGCGCUGCGGCGCACAGUUUUAGAAAUAAUGAGGAGCGGACGUAUUUUAUGGAUAAGUUUAGAUAAUUGACUUUUAUUGAUUUCAAAGUGAUGAUGAAGUUGAUUAUAAAGUGGAAAACAACGAUAGCGACGGACUUACAGAGAGUGAAUCUUACGAAGAUGAGAAUGCCCCUGAUGCGUCUGUAUGGAGUCCUGCGAUAUCCGAACAAACUAUCCGGGCUUUAUACUCGAUUAUGAACCAAAAUUGCCCUGAAAUCUGGAUGUUGCCCAGGCUAGUCCUUUAAAAUAUUUCAGUCUUUUUUUCCCCAAGAUGCGAUGUAUAACAGAAUCGCUACAGAAAAAACGCUUAUGCGGAGCUCUGUGCACGAGAAAGUAAACAAGAUGACAAAUACUGGACACACACUGGCGGGGAAGAGUUUUAUUAUUAUAUUAUAAUAAGAUGAAUUAGUUUAAUAAGCUAAAUGAGUUGAAUAAAUUAAAUAAGUUGAAUAAGUUAAAUGGAAAAAAAUGAAUUAGGCUUGGCUAUACUGUAUCUGGUGAUAUGAAAUCUGUUUAAAUACUUUGACAAAGUAUAUUUUUUAUUUUUUUUAUGAAUACAGUACUCAGAACAUGUAUAUAUCAAAUGCUGAAUGUAGUUUUUUGUUUUCGAUUUUGCACCUGACCAGGUAAACUCUCAUCUUCAGUGAGCUGUUAUACACCUAUAAAUGAGUUGAAUCACAUUAAACAUCCAUAAAUGAAGAGUUCAGAGUCUAAGGUUUCCAGAGAUACCAAAUAUGUCUGUGUUACAAUUAAGUUCAUGAGUGUAAAAUUAAUUUAUAAUCACUCGUGGAAGUCUGUUUUCUUUUAUGCAAUUAUGCUCUAUGGGUAGCCCUAGUAACAUAUGUAUGGGUUGUUCCUAGUAGGCGUCCAGGGGGGAAAGAGUUAAGUCAAGAUCUUUAUUUAAAUCACAUAUAGCAGUCAUAUUCUGUCUUUGACUAAGCCCUAGUUUGUGCAGUAAACUGAGUUUAUUUCACCUGAAAGCCUACACUACUAAAAUCUGAUUAAUGAAAGUACAUAUAGACUAUUUUAAUAGCCAUAUUGGCUCUAAAAGCUGUGUGGUCCUAUGCACAACUGUAAAUGUCUUACUACCUUGUUACCAAUGCUUUUCUACAAGCAUACAGACUCCAGUAACCUCAGUUUGAAACAACAUUGCAUAUUCAAAAGGUUUUAAUGUUUGCUUGAGCUCAAAUGUUUUGCAGAAGCCGUCAUUACAAACAAAUAAAAAUUCACUGUAUGACCUAAGACAACUAAACCACAUCCAUGUACUCUGUAUACGCCUUCACAAAUAUACUUGCUAUUUUAUUAGAUUCUAUUUUUUUGGAAAGCUAAAUCUGUUAUAAGUAGUGAAAAAGUGAGAUAAGCAGGAAUGAUAUUCUUCCUGCUCGGAGCUGUCUUGCCUCUGCAGAAGAAUUAUGUGACUGACCCCUGAAUCAGAGAAGACAGUGUUAAGCUUAUGUUCAAGUUUAUUAUCAAGUGCUAUCUUAGAUUGAACAAUCCGCUGUAUGCCUGUUGUCCAGUGUAUGAUUUUUAAUGAUUUUCCCAGCUGUUUUUACAUACAGGUCAGAGUUCCACAGGGGCACAUUCUAUUUAAUAUUAACAACCACAGACUCACUGUGCCAUGUGUAAUCUGAUCUAAACUUAAUGAUCUGUGCCAAUUCUCUGCACCUCUGAUCUAACACUUUCAAAACUUAUUAUCUUUAAACAAUGACCACUCAAAGGUCUGUAUAAAGCUGAGCCAUGACACCUAAACUGCCAUUACAUUAACAUUGGUCAAAUCUGGUAAAUGUUACAGCUGUUAUGUAUUUUUUUUUCAACUGUACUAAAACUGACUAUGUCCACCCACCCCUAGCCUUACGUUACAGUAACACGAGAGGAGUGGAGGGCUUGCUGUUUUUCCUUUGACUCACUUUUAGUAAGAACAAGGCCUCCACUCACCUCCCCUCAUCACUUAUUCCGCUAUAUCCUACUUGUGAAAUAUUUUAUAGAGGCCAGUGAUGUUACAAAUUAAACUGGCCAAGCUGCUUGAAAAUGUAUAAUUUGUGUUCAUAUCUUUUGAAUCUAUCUAUAUCGAAACAGGCAAAUUUUCUAUUAAACCAACAAUAAAGAUGUAAUUUCAAAA